AUGUUUGCUGCAGACAGUGCGAAGAAAGCGGUGCUGGACUGGCCGACGCGGCUGGGGAUCAUCAAGGGGGUGGCGAGGGGGCUGCUCUACCUACACCAGGACUCCAGGCUAACGGUGAUACACAGGGACCUCAAGGCCAGCAAUGUAUUGCUGGACGCCGAGAUGCGCCCCAAGAUCGCCGACUUCGGCAUGGCCAAGAUCUUCGGCAACAACCAGGUGAAAGCCAACACCCGGAAAGUCGUCAGAACAUAUGGCUACAUUGCUCCCGAGUACUCGAUGGAGGGCGUCUUCUCGGUCACGUCCGACGUGUACAGCUUCGGCGUGCUGCUGCUUGAGAUCGUGAGCGGCAUCAGGAUACGCGCAAUCGACGGCAUCAUGGAGUGUCCUAGCUUGACAAUCUAUGCAUGGAGCCUGUGGAGGGAAGGGAAGGCAGGCAAGCUGGUGGAUCCAUCCAUGGCAGAGAGCUGUUCACAGGACGAGGCCAUGCUCUGCAUCCACGUCGGGCUCCUCUGCGUCGAGGACGACCCGAGCAGGAGGCCGCUCAUGUCGUCCGUCGUGUCCAUCUUGGAGAAUGGAAGCGCGCCGGUGGUGGCAUCGGCGUCUCUUCCGGCGCCGAACCAGCCAGGGUACCUUAAAAUGAUGGGAGACAAGAGCCAGAGUAGCGAUCUCGAGAACACCAGGAACGCCAUGACCAUGACCGCUCUUCAGGGACGGUAG